GGCGGCGGCGGCGGCCCCGCGGCGCAGGGCCCGGCCCGGCCCGGCCCGGUGCCCUUUGCUCCGUGGUGGCUCUCUGAAGAUGUCCAACAGCAACACCACGCAGGAGACCCUGGAGAUAAUGAAGGAGUCUGAGAAGAAGGUGGUGGAGGAGUCUGUGAACAAAGCCAAACACAUCUGCAGGUCCCCCAGCAAGGAGGAGGUGGAGAAGGAUGGGGGGGAGGAGGUCAGCGUGCGCCAGGAGUCCCAGAGGCGACCCUCAAGCCAUGGACAUGCCAGGAAGAGAGCCAAGUCUAAUUCAAAGCUCAAGCUGGUCAGGAGCUUGGCUGUGUGUGAGGAGUCAUCGAGCCCCUUCGUAGAUGGGCUGCUGGAGUCCCAGGACAUCAUUCAGCUGCACGUCAGCUGCCCCUCGGACAAGGAGGAGGAGAAGUCCACAAAGGAUGGGGCUGAGAAAGAAGAGAAAGAGAAGAAUAAAGAAAAGGGCCCCAGGAAAAUGCUUUCUCGAGAUUCCAGCCAGGAGUACACAGACUCCACUGGCAUAGACCUGCACGAGUUCCUGGUGAACACUCUGAAGAAGAACCCCCGGGACAGAAUGAUGCUGCUGAAGUUGGAACAGGAGAUCCUGGAGUUCAUUAGUGACAACAACAACCAGUUCAAGAAGUUCCCUCAGAUGACCUCAUACCACAGGAUGCUGCUGCACAGGGUGGCUGCCUACUUUGGCAUGGACCACAACGUGGACCAGACUGGCAAGGCUGUGAUCAUCAACAAGACCAGCAGCACCCGCAUCCCUGAGCAGAGGUUCUCUGAGCACAUCAAGGAUGAGAAGAGUGCAGACUUCCCACAGAGGUUCAUCCUCAAGAGAGAUGAUGCCAGCAUGGACCGAGAUGACAACCAGAUCAGACUCCCCUUGCAGGAUGGGAGAAGGAGCAAAUCCAUCGAGGAGCGGGAGGAGGAGUACCAGCGGGUGCGGGAGCGAAUCUUCGCGCGGGAGACUGGCCAGAAUGGCUACCUGACAGACAGCAGGGGCGCCCGGGACAGCCUGAGCCGAGCCUGCAGCAGCCGGCAGAGCAGCACCGAGAGCGAGGCCAAGGCCCUGGAGCCGCGGCCCUGGAGCAGCACCGACUCGGAGGGCUCGGCCCGCAGCCUGCGGCCGCCGGUCACCAAGGCCAGCAGCUUCAGCGGCAUCUCCAUCCUCACCCGCGGCGACAGCUGCGGCAGCACCAAGGGCAGCGCCGCCGGCAGGACCUCCCGGGCAGGUUUGGUUCUAGGUGCCCCUGAAGCCUGCAGCCAAUCUGCCUCCUCCCAGCCCAGCCGUGGCCUCCUACCCUGCACAGCCCCCCAGCCACAGCCCCCCCAGCAGCCACCACCACAGCCCCAGGGACUCCCAGCUGCAGCCCAGCAGCAGCCAGCCAUCAGCAACCACCUGAUGUCCCAGCCGGUCCCAGCGCUGCAGCCUGUUCAGUACUCUCCAGGCUCCUGCCCCCAAGUCCUCUUGCCAGUCUCUCCACCCCAGCAGUACAACUUGGCCGAGGAGCUCAGCAACCCCUUCGGGCAGAUCAGCCUCAGCCGCCAGGGCUCCACCGAGGCCCCGGACCCUUCCUCGGCCAUGUUCCAGUCCUCCCUCAUCUCCCAGCACCCCCAGCAGCCAGGAUUCAUCAUGGCCCCCCCUGGGCAGCCCAUUCCCACCUCCAACUACUCUGCCUCAGGGCACACGGCCCCCACACAGCAGGUGCUGCAGCCCCAGGGCUACAUUCAGCCUCCCCAGCAAAUUCAGGUUUCUUACUACCCUCCUGGGCAGUACCCCAGCUCCAGCCAGCAAUAUCGAUCCCUCAGUCACCCAGUGGCCUACAGCUCCCAGCGCUCCCAGCAGCUGCCCCAGCAGUCCCAGCAGCCUGGUUUACAGCCAAUGAUGUCCAACCAGCAGCAGACCUACCAAGGUGUGAUGGGGGUGCAGCAGGCACAGCCCCCAGGGCUGCUCAGCAGCCAGAGGAGCAGCCUGGGGGGCCAGAUGCAGAGUGUGAUGGGGGUGCAGCAGGCACAGCCCCCAGGGCUGCUCAGCAACCAGAGGAGUGGGGUGGGCAGCCAGAUGCAAGGCCUGAUGGUGCAGUACACUCCACUGCCUUCCUACCAGGUUCCUGUGGGCAGUGAGUCCCAGAGUGUGGUCCAGCAGCCCUUCCAGCAGCCUGUGCUGGUGCCAGCCAGCCAGUCUGUUCAGGGGGGGCUUCAGGCUGGGGGGGUCCCCAUCUACUACAGCGUCCUCCCCCCCGGCCAGCAGAACGGCACCAGCCCUUCGGUGGGGUUCCUCCAGCCCCCAGGCUCUGAGCAGUAUCAGAUGCCACAGUCCCCUUCCCCCUGCAGCCCACCACAGAUGCAGCAGCAGUAUUCAGGCGUGAAUCCAUCAGGCCCUGGCAUGGUUGUGAUGCAGCUGAACGUCCCCAACGGCCCCCAGCCCCCCCAGAACACCCCCGUGGUGCAGUGGAGCCACUGCAAGUACUACAGCCUGGAGCAGAGGGGGCAGAAGCCAGGAGACCUCUACAGCCCUGACACCAGUGCCCAGGCCAGCACCCAGCUGAGCAGCCCCAUCACGUCCCCCACCCAGUCCCCCACGCCCUCGCCUGUCACCAGCCUCAGCAGCGUCUGCUCGGGGCUGAGCCCCCUGCCUGUCCUCACCCAGUUCCCCAGGCCCAUGGGCCCAGCACAAGGUGAUGGUCGCUACUCCCUGCUGGGCCAGCCGCUGCAGUACAACCUCUCCAUCUGUCCCCCCCCGCUGCUCCACAACCAGCCCAGCUACACUGCACACCAGGGGCAGAGUGGAAUGAAGCAUGGAAACCGCAGCAAGAGGCAAGCCCUCAAGUCAGCAUCCACUGACCUCGGGACGAGCGAUGUAGUGCUGGGCCGGGUGCUGGAGGUCACCGACCUGCCCGAGGGCAUCACACGGACAGAGGCUGACAAACUCUUCACGCAGCUGGCCAUGGCCGGCGCCAAGAUCCAGUGGCUCAAAGAGACUCAGGGGCGGCGAGGGGACGGCGGCGGCGGCGGCGGCGGCGGCGGGGACAGCUCCGGGACGGCGGAGAACGGGCGGCACGGCGACCUGGCGGCGCUGUACACGGUGGUCGCGGUGUUCCCCAGCCCCUUGGCCGCCCAGGACGCCUCCCUGCGCCUCAACAGCGCCCCCAGCCGGUUCCGCCUGCGCGUGGCCAAGCGCAGCCUCGACCUGCGCGUGCUGGAGCGCGCGAGCUCCCAGUAG